CUUCUCUGGCAUUAAGAAUAAAAGCUUCUCAGAAAUAUCUCAGAUGCACAACUCAUCUUUUUUUGCAGCUUAAAACCUGAGUGGGAAUUUGAGGAAAACUUCACUGAAUCACCCAGUUUCCUUCACAGGAUCAUCUGGACAGUGUACCACUGUAUGAUGGAUUCCUCCAAAGGUGAUGAUUCUGAAUUCUUUGGCCGGGUCCAUGGAAUUCUAAUGUAUAAAGAUUUUAUCAAAUAUUGGGAUGAUGUGGAGACAUUUCAGGCAAGAUCAGAUGACAUAGUUAUUGUCACCUAUCCCAAAUCUGGUACAACCUGGUUGAGUGAAAUUGUGGACAUGAUCUUUAAAGAGGGUGAUGUGGAAAAGUGCAAAAAAGAUGCCAUUUUUAAUCGAAUACCUUUCCUGGAAUGCAGAAAAGAUGACAUGAUGAAUGGGGUAGAACAAUUAACCCAGAUGGCAUCUCCUAGAAUUGUGAAGACUCAUUUGUCAGUACAGCUUCUUCCUGCCUCGUUUUGGGAAAAGAACUGUAAGAUGAUCUAUCUUUGCCGGAAUGCCAAGGAUGUGGCUGUUUCUUAUUAUUAUUUCUUUAAAAUGGUAGCUGGUCAUCCAAAUCCUGGAACUUUUCAAGAGUUUGUGGAGAAAUUCAUGGAUGGACAAGUUCCUUAUGGUCCCUGGUAUGAACAUACAAAAUCUUGGUGGGAAAUGAGAAAUAAUCAACAUUUGCUCUUUCUUUUCUAUGAAGACAUGAAGGAGGAUAUCAGAAGAGAGGUGAUAAAAGUGAUGCGAUUUCUGGGAAGGAAGACAUCAGAGGAGCUUGUGGAAAAGAUUGUUCAACACACUUCAUUCCAAGAGAUGAAAAACAACCCAUCUACCAAUUACACAACACUACCAGAUGAAGUCAUGAACCAAAAAAUAUCUCCCUUCAUGAGAAAGGGGAUUGCAGGAGACUGGAAGAAUCACUUUACAGUAGCCCUGAAUGAGAAAUUUGAUAUGCACUAUGAGCAGCAAAUGAAGGGCUCUACACUGAAAUUACGAACUGAGAUCUAAGAAAGGUUUCCCUAACAUAUCAGAGGUUUAAGCUUUUCUUAUUUUAGAUUGGUAGAGAGAGAGCCAUGUGAAAGGUUAUGUGGUCAGGUUCACAUGGUUAUUGAGAUCUCAAUAUAAAAAGACAAGAAGGAUUUUUUCCUGACAUUAUCUUUUUAUUUUAUUUUUAAUCUUUAUUUUUCUCCUCCAUUUUCUUCUUUUUACAAAUAUUACACAAAGCUAUAAUCUAUGGGAAUGAUGUAAGAACACACAGAUAAUUUAAGUUAGAAGCUCAUUAAAAAUCAACAAGCAUUCCAAAUUAUUUUCAUGCUGGUUUCCACGCCCCCAUUUAGUAGUAUAUUUAGUACAUACAGGAACUUUGAAAAUUUUAGGAGAAAUAAUUACAAUAAAUAAAUUUGGGGGCAUAAUUAUACCUAUUAUUUACAUCCUGAUUUUUUUUUUUAUUUUUUGCAAAAUGACUUAAUUUGAAAUUUACUUUAAUCUAAUGUAAAUUUUGGCUAUAGCUGAAUUGAUCAGAUAUCUGUCAAUAUUCCUGUGUAUUAUUUAUGCUUGAAUGUCAUAUAAAAAUGUAAUGAAUUUUCAUUCUGUAAACGAAAGUUUUACAAAAUUUGAUAUUUGCUAAUAAAACAAAACAAAAAAAAACAAAAGGAAUAGAAG